AUGAUAAUUCCUUUUGGCUUAGAGGUGGUACAGGAAUUGUCCACAGCCCGAAGAGAACUUGAAAACCAAGAAGCUGAAUUCACAUGGCAUCAAUCGGUUGUACAACGGAUAUUAGCUACAAGCUCUAGCACAGUGUCCAUUUUGUUUUGCCUUGUGGCCAUUUAUGCCUUUUUUGCCAUCGACCCACGAAGAUUAGUCUUCAGACAUCAGCUCAUUGCAUUCUUAGUCUUCUUUGACUUACUAAAGUCAAUUAUUUUACUAUUAUAUCCGGCGAGAGUCAUGUCCACUCAUUCUGCCUAUUAUGACAAUGGAUUUUGUCAAACUAUUGGUUUUUUAUCUGCUACUUCAAUUGAGGGAGCAGACUUUGCGAUAUUGUCAUUUGCAAUUCAUUUCUUUCUAUUGAUUUUUAAACCAAGUCUCAAUACUAAGGUUACUGACUCGAGAACAGAGGGAGGACUAUAUUUAUAUCGAUAUUGGGUUUAUGGAUUAUCGUUUCUAAUUCCAUUAAUAUUGGCAUCUUUGGCAUUUAUACAUCCGAGUGGUUAUGUAUCGUAUGUCAAUUGGUGCUACUUGCCUCAAGAGCCAAUAUGGUAUAGGCUCGUACUAAGUUGGAUUCCAAGAUACCUAAUAGUUAUAAUAAUAUUUUCUGUUUAUAUUUUGAUUUACUUUCAUGUCGUUAGGGAAUCAAAGGCAUUGGGUGGAGUUUUUAUGAACAUACAUAAAUCAAAUAAUCUUCGUCAAGUGAAGAGCAAUGCAGAUCAACGACCAUCGUUUUUUUCAGCUUUGAAGUUUUUCCUCAAUUCAGUGAGAGACACAAUACCUUUCUCAAGAAAUAGUGAGCCAUCAGCAAUAGAACGAAUGCAAACUUCAGUUCAAGAAAGUCGAGCAAGACAUAUUGGAGAAGAGAGAUCUAGAAAUACUACUGUCGAACAUGACAGUGGGUCGAAUGACGAUGAUGAUGACGAUGACGACGAUGAGAACGAUGUCGAUAUAGCAUAUGAUCCUGAACUUCAGGUCGUCAAUUUGGUUAAUAUGAGAAAGCGACAAAAAAUAAUCCGAAAACAAUUAAAAAGUAUUUUUAUAUAUCCGUUUGCCUAUUGUUUCAUUUGGUUGUUUCCAUUCAUCUUAUCAGUUACACAGUUUAAAUAUGAAAGUGAGCAUGGCCCAAUUUAUUGGUUAAAUUGUGUGGGCGCUUUCAUGCAAUCUUCCAAUGGCUUUAUAGACUCCUUAGUUUUCUUUUACAGAGAGAAGCCUUGGCUCUAUACUAUUAUGAGAACAUUUGAAAGGGAGCAUGAAAGUAGAAUGGACUAUUUAGUGGAGCAAAGUCACAAAGGAUCUGUAUCUGCCCUCUCAACUAUGCAUGGGAAUUCAUUGAGUGAAAGUUUUGGGGUAAAUGUUAAUCAAUACUCAAGGUGGCGGAGGACUUUAGACUUCUUGAAAGUUCCUUUGUUUAAGCUACCUACGGAAGAAAAUCUUUGUAAAUCUCAGUUAAGGUACAUUUCUCGCAAAGCGGGACAUGAGAAUCAUGAGGGCCACCACAAACUUCAUCAUAACUCACGCAAACUGUAUGACUAUUCGAAUAUUUUAGGAGGUGAUCUUCAAGUGAGUGAUUUUAGAACUACAUUAGAAAAUUAUUCAUUAAGCUUCGGUAAAAGAAAAGACUCCAUCGUAUCCUCGCCAUUAAAGUCCUCAGUGGGCUCAAGGAAUUCCCUCCUGAGUACUGCGAUGAAAUCUGAAGCAAAAGAUUUCAGACGGCCAUCUGCCGUUUUUAGAAAUGCAUUAAACUCUUCGAAAAAGCCAUCAGUAACGGACAGCUUUGUAAAGGAAACACAAUCUUCAACUAGUUCUGAUGAAGGUGAUCAUGAAAUGGAUUUCUUGGAGUUUUUGAAGAAGGGACCUCCUAAAGACAUGAAUUAA